AUGGCUACCUGGGUGUGGUUGGCUGCUUUAUUCUGCGGAUGUCAAGCGGCAGUACUGCCACCGCCUUGGGCUGAUGUGAGAAGGAAUCCUUGCGCUGCUCAUCCUAGAGGAUGGUUGAUGCUGUAUUGGCCGUCAGAUGGGAAAUGUUAUACUAUAUACAAGAAAGGACAUCCGUGUCCAGAGACUCAAGAGUUGAGCCCCGGACGACUUGGUGGUCGUACGGUGGCAGAGUGCAAGUGCCCACCAGGUACCGCCCAGCUCCCACACACCAAAACUUGCCACAAGCUGUUCCAACGUGGUCCAUGUCGACAUGGAGAAUACUUCGCUCCUGUAGAAGAGUCUUUUAACAUGCGAGGUGAACGUCAAGGCAUGUGCGUGAGGCCACAGCAGUGCGCGGACAAGACCUUGCUCUAUUGGCCGCCUGACGGCCGUUGCUACUAUAGACUUACCCAGGGCCCUUGUUACCCUGGAUCUAUAUUGGAUUUAGGAGAUGAUGGUCUAGCUAAUUGCACCUGCACAUCAGAUAGUUCGCACUACUGGCGGGCAGAUGGCGGCUGCUACGCGCACUAUUCUAAAGGGCCUUGUGAGCGAGGCCAGUUGUUCCUACCUGGUGCUAGAUGUGGCUGUGAAGCUCAUCUACCGCAUUAUCAUAAUGUCACCCAAGGGUGUUAUGAACUUGACUCCCUCGGUCCUUGCCCUAAAGGCCAUGUGUUUGCCAUAUCCGAGGUAACCGAAAACGGGUCACGUGCGGAGUGCAAGUGUAAAAACUUCCACGCUCGCGCGGACGACGGAGCUUGCUACCGGCUUUACACAAGGGGCCCAUGCGGACAAGAUGAGAUGAUCUCUAGAGGAGGACGUUGUGUUAAGGUGCCAUGUGGACGAGGUCGGCUGUACGUGCCGGAGCGGAGGCGCUGCUACCGAGCCGGCGCCGCGGAGCCGUGCCGCGCGGGCGAACAUCUCGCCUUUGACUUCGAUGCGCGUCCUGCCCUGGAUGGACUCAGCCACAACGGCGUUUGUGUGUGUGGAGCUACCGGUCAGCCUUGUAAUCGGCGGGAGGUUACAGCGUGUUCUUCUCGCAAAGGUGCAGUUGCGUUCAAUGGAACAUGUUAUAUUCAGCACACACAAGGUCCGUGCUCUGAAAACUCCUGGCUCGUUAAAGACACUAAUGAGCAAGUUACCUGCAAAUGUAGACCUGAUGUUAGUGAUUGUUCCACUGAAUCAGCGAACAGUUGACAAUAAAUUAGAAAAUAUGGACUUUAUUGGUUUUUAC